CUAACGGCAACACUGAUUGUCACACUGACGUUGUGUAUCCAUGUGCGACUAUUUUUAUAGAAAAAGCAUCACUUUAAAAUCUGAUUAAAUGCAAAUUAGUUUAGUUAUUAAGUGACUGAUUGCUGUUUUUGUACAUACGUACGUAGUUGUGAACACACAACCCGAAAAGGUUGAGUGUUUUAUCGGUUUAAAUAUUUAUUUUUAAUCCUUGAUAUUAUGGUUUUACUGACAUAAUUCUUGUUUUGGUUCUAAACUUUUGAAUGUUAUAUAAAGCGGCUUACUAUUUUAAGUUAUAGCCCAAUUUUAAUAAUACAUUAAAUAAUAAAACAAAAACAAUCAUGGCUGCAAAUAAAAAACUGCAAUUGCCCAAAUCUGUUUUGGAUAUGAAAUUUAUGAAAAAAACUAAAGAAAGAAUAGAAAAAGAAUUAGAAAAUACCCAAGACAUUGAAGGUUUAUAUUCCAACAUUAUUACAAGUGAAAUGCGGCAUGCCUCUGGAAAUUAUAUUUCAGAAUCUAGUUUUAUUUUUUGUGAAGAUUUAGUUGAAGGAAGGUUAUCCUUUAAGGGUAUGAAUCCUGAAAUUGAAAGGCUUAUGGAAUUAGAAGACAAGAAAUAUAAUGCUGAUAAAGAAAGCGAAAUGCAAAAAGAUGUUUCAGAUGACAUUUUAAGUAAAAAAAUGGAAAGCCUUAAAAAACGUAAAUGGACAGCAAGCCCAGGUAAAAGUGAAAUAAAGAGAAGGAAAAAUAAGUAAUUGAUUUGUGUUCAUUUUAAAAUUUUGAGUAUGAUAUUCACAAAAUCUGUGUUACCAUUAAAUUUCCUACACAUAUGA